UCACGUUCUCUGACAACCUCUCAGCCGAACAAAACGUAACAACAGAUGACACACUUCGUUUGUGUGCCGCAGUCUCUCACAAACAGCCGCUACUACCGGCGUAGUACAGCUGCAACAUGCCACCAACAAAAGAAACCAUCACUGGAGUGCCGAAAUUCGGCCUCAAACUGAAACUAAAUCAUGUUUAUCCUGAGAAAUGGUCGCAGAAUCGCAUCCCACCGCUGCAUCAACUAUAUCAAAUUAUUACCCUCAUAAUUAGAUAUGUGUUUUAUCACUUUAAAUGUUGGUGGGAAGGUCGGCGCGCAAUCAUGGACUACAUAAAUGUGCAAAAUGCCAAACAAAUUUAUGGUGUACCAAUGGGUGGAAUUGGUUGUGGAUCAAUCGGAAGAGGAUACAAAGGUGAAUUCUGUAGAUAUCAGCUGAGACCAGGCCUGUAUGAUUAUGGAACACUAGAUGCCAAUCAAUUCAUUGUCACUAUCAAAGAUAAGCAUCAAACAAUAUUCCAAAGUUUACUAUCCACUUACAAAAGGCAAUCGAAGUGUGUAAGCAGCUGGAAGUCAUUGAUAACUGACUCAAAAUGUAAUUACACUGGUUUAUACCCAAGAGGAUGGACUGAGUAUGAUCUGUCAGAGUAUGGAAUUAAAUUGACUUGUCGACAAGUCAGUCCUGUGAUUCCUAACAAUUAUAAGGAUUCAUCUAUGCCAUGCGCUGUGUUUAUCUGGAAUGUUGAGAAUGUUUCCACACAGGAAUUGAAUGUUACUAUUUCGUUCACGUUUCAGAAUGGUAUUGGUGUGUCAAAAGUUGACUCAAAAUCUACCUGUAGUUCUAAACCAUUUACUUAUCAAAACUCUGAGGGUGUUAUUUUGUACCAUACAAUUGAUAAAACGCCAUCUUCUUAUUCCCUUGCUGUCAAAACAAACCCGGAUGUUUCCGUGUCAAAAUGUUUGAAUUUUGAUCCAAAAUCCGAUGGUAAAACACUAUGGGAUCAACUGAAUGACAAUGGAAAGUUGAUAAAACAACCGAAAAAAUCUGAUAAUCAUUUUGGUGAAUUGGGAGUAGCCAUAGCUGCGCAGUGUACCGUACCACCGAAAAGUAAUAAGGAGAUUGAAUAUGUGUUAGUUUGGGAUAUCCCAGUUGUUACAUUUUUCUACAAAAAGAAAAAGUACACAAAGUACUACACGAAGUUUUUCGGCAUGGACGCUGCACUUAAAAUGGUGGAUUACGCUUUGAUGAAUUACGCCACCUGGGAGGAGGAAAUUUACAAAUGGCAGGAACCUGUUCUAAGUGAUAAUAAAUUACCAGCGUGGUACAAAAGCGCGUUGUUUAAUGAAACUUAUUUUGUAUCGGAUGGCGGAUCUAUGUGGUUUGUGCUUGAUGAAGACGAAGCUAAAAAGUUACCACCGAAUGAUCCAAGGAAAGAAUUUGGUCGCUUUGGUUACCUAGAAGGACACGAAUAUCGCAUGGUGAAUACAUACGACGUGCACUUUUACGCUUCGUAUGCGUUGGCGUUAAAUUGGCCCAAGAUACAAGCGUUGAUUCAAUACGACUUUAAAGACGCCAUUUUUGUUGAGGAGAAGCAACUCGUCAAAGAACUCUUCACGGGGCAUUACAUUGAACGCAAAGUGAUUAAUUCUGUUCCUCACGAUUUGGGUGAUCCUGGCGAGGAACCAUAUGAAUUAAUCAACGCAUAUCCAAUUCAUGAUGUGAGCCAAUGGCGUGACUUGAACACGAAAUUCGUUCUUCAAGUAUUUCGCGACUUUUCUCUUAACCAAGAUUUAGAUAAAAAGCAAUAUUUAGAAGAUAUGUACGAAGCUCUCACGAAAGUAAUGAAAAAAUCAGAGGCAUUUGAUACGGAUAAUGAUGGAUUGAUUGAAAAUUCAGGAAUUCCUGAUCAGACUUUUGAUACUUGGGUAAUGAGAGGACCAAGUGCCUAUUGUGGUGGUUUAUGGCUGGCAGCACUCCAUGCAAUGACGAUAAUCUGUGAUUUCUUAGACAAACAAGAAGAUAAAGCUCAUUACGCCGAAAUUCUAAACAGAGGAAUUCGAUCUUUCGAUAGAAAGUUGUGGAACGGCAAGUGUUACAACUUUGAUACACACAUCCGCCGCGAGGGGGACAUUUACAUGGCGGACCAGCUUUGCGGCCACUGGUACCUAAAAUCAUCCGGGUGUAAUUAUGAAGUGUUUCCCGAGGACAAAGUCAAGAGUUCUCUGCGUACAGUGUUCGAAAAUAACGUAAUGAAGUUCCAAGAUGGUACAAUGGGUGCAGUUAAUGGUUUCACAGCUUCUGGUUCAAAAGAUGUGAUUACUCUACAGAGUGAAGAGGUGUGGAUUGGUGUAACUUAUGCAUUAGCAGCGACAAUGUUACAAGAGGGAUUGGAAGAAGAAGCAUGGCAAACUGCAGGAGGGCUGUAUAAAACAAUGUCGCAGCGUUUAGGGUUAAGUUACGAGACACCGGAAGCUUUGUAUGAGAAACAUUACUACAGGUCAAUCGGUUACAUGCGUCCAUUGAGUAUUUGGAGUAUGCAACGCGCGCUUCAGGUACAUGAACAAUCUAAACAAGGCAAUAAGUAAUUCCGGCCAUUUUGAGUUGUUUGGUUGCAUAACCAAACUAAAUUAAAGUUAAUUCUAGUACGUACUAAGCAAUAAUGAUAAAUCACGGGUGAUUUUUUACACUUUUACACGUAUCUUAAUUAAUCACAUGAAAUAUAGUUAGUUUAAAAUAGAAAUAA